AUGGCUCGGCAUAUACCGUCAUCCUCUACCUCCCCUUCCAGUGGGAUUAAGGUGAUCGUUGUGGGAUUGGGGCUGGCUGGCCUCAGCACGGCCAUUGAAUGCCAUCGAAAGGGGCAUUCGGUGAUAUUGUUGGAAAGGAUCACGCAGUUAAAACAUGAUGCCGGCGAUGGAAUUGCCAUUGGUCCAAAUGCAGUACGCAUCAUCCGACAAUGGGGCUCGGAGGUGGUCGCUGAGAUCGACCGCACUCGAUGUGAUGCGACGCACGCCGAUAUGAUGGACCAUUGUGACAAGUUCAUUGCCCGCAAUGAGCUUCCCGGCAAGGGCCAGCAGUUUGUGACCAACCGGGCCAAGCUGGUGUCUAUCUUUUACGAGCAUGCGAAAGGACUAGGGAUCGACAUACGGUUCGGCGCUCAAGUGACCGAAUACUGGGAGACCAGCAAUGAGGCUGGUGUCAUCGUGAAUGGAGAGGACAGGCUGGCCGCAAACUGCGUUGUGUGCGCCGAUGGAGUUAAUGGCAUGUCGCGGCAAUUUAUCACGGGUGAAAAGAUAGACCGGACACGCAAGGAGACGGGGUGGGCAACGUUCCGCGCUCAUAUCGAUACUAACAGUGAACCAUUCGCCAGCGAUCCCGAGGCACAAUGGGUGCUAAAGGGGACCGGCGAGCAGGACCAAGCAUAUGCAUGGUUCGGUGAGGGAGUCAACAUGGCCAUGUUGACCAUGGGACGGGGCAAGGACUUGGUCUGGAUGACUACACACUGGGACUGCUACGGGGCCCAGGAGACCUGGAGUGGAGGAGGGGUGCACGCCAAAUUGGCGGACGCAAUGGCAGCCAUUGAUCACUGGCCCGGAAAGGAGAGAAUUCGAGCAGUGAUCAGACAUACUCAACCCAGCAAACUUGUGAACCAUCCGCUGGUCUAUCGGCCCCCGCUGAAGACAUGGAUUUCCCCCGGUGGCCGAGCGAUUCUCAUUGGCGAUGCGGCGCAUCCAUAUUUCCCAGUCGUUGGACAGGGAGGAAGUCAAGGAAUGGAGGAUGGGGCAGUCAUUGCCGUGACUCUCGCCCUAGCUGGAAAAGACCAGGUUCCUCUGGGUUUACGAGCGGCCGAAAGGAUCAGGUACCCGCGGGCCAGUGUCAUUCAGCUGGGCAGUUCGGCUCUUCAAGAGGCUCUUUUACGGCCGGACUGGGAGACGGUGGCCAAAGAUCCGGAUCUCUUCCGCUUUCCAAAUCCAGAUUGGGUCUUUAACCAUGAUUGCCAGGAGUAUACCCAUCUAGUGUUUGAGACGGUGGUGCAAGCAAUCCAGACGGGCAGCGAUUAUAUCCCGUCAAACAUUCCCGUCGAUGGAGUGUAUCGGGUGGAAAACACAUACAACGUGGAAGCGUAG